AAUCAUGAGUACAAUGCACUCAAACAUUAUGCUUACAGUAGAAAGGGCAGAACACAAUUAAGAAAUGGUAAGUGCAAGGCUUAGUUAUUAAUCACUGCCAAGGGUGGCAUACAUGCCAGAAGAAUAAAACUAAGUGAAAGAGGAAAAUCAACAUUACACAAAGACUAACAGGAGUAACUAGCAAAGACCAGGAGUGAGCCGGGAAGAUAGAUGGAGAGCCUACUGAAGCUAGACUCCACCUCUGCUGCACCUGAGGGCUUAAGGGAGCUGUCCAUCCCUCAGUGCUGGAUGUUCAUUCUGCGAGUAGCACUCAAGAGCUCCUGCCUGAUUCUGUAAAAUCAUAUAAUCCCCAAAUCUCCAGAGCAGAGCAACUUCCUAACGUCUGAAUUUUAUGAAGACUAUAACCAAGAAAAACCAGACUGAAAAGGAUCUGUGCUGCAUGAAAAUAGUAACUGGAAUUCAGCGCAAGAGUACCACAGCUAACCCAGAUCCAAAUAGAGCCGCUGCUUUUCAAGAUUCAGAAACUUUGAUGAGGUUGGCUGAACUGACAUCGAUAAAUCAGCCACAGGGAAAGAAAACUGACGUUGGAUUGUCAGGUAUUUAUUUUUAGUCAGAACGCAGAGGAAAUUGCAUUGCUGACACGGCAUAGUGUUAAAUAUCCUACAGAGAUUACUGAUCAGCUAAUUGGAAUGUGCACUUUUUAAUCUGUGGGAUACUGGUUAUACCCAAAUUUAAGCUUAACAAAAGUCAUUUAAGUGAGAAACCUAAAUUGAAGGUUUAUAAUUGCAAGUUUGUGCUCACGUUUGCAUACAAGGACCAUGGAAACUCUCUAAAGCAAACCCUGAACUUAAAGACCAGCAGUUGUGGAUCUACCGGUGGCUUCACUGUAAAGCAAUACUGUAUAUCUGAUGGGUCUUAUGGCUUGAAGAGCUGAGCUUCAGAGGGGCCUAUUCAUCUUCAUGGAUCCCCAGAACCUGUCCAUGUACAAUGAUGAUAUUAACAAUGGAACCAAUGGAACUGCUGUUGAUCAGAAGCCUCAUUACAAUUACUAUGCCAUGCUCCUUACUCUUCUUGUAUUUGUCAUCGUCUUUGGCAAUGUUUUGGUGUGCAUUGCUGUUUCUAGGGAAAAAGCUCUACAAACCACUACCAACUACCUAAUUGUCAGCUUGGCUGUGGCAGAUCUCUUGGUGGCCACAUUGGUGAUGCCUUGGGCGGUUUACAUGGAGGUGGUUGGCGAAUGGAGGUUUAGUCGGAUCCACUGUGAUAUCUUUGUCACCCUUGAUGUUAUGAUGUGUACAGCAAGUAUACUUAAUCUAUGUGCCAUCAGCAUCGACAGGUACACAGCAGUGGCGAUGCCUAUGCUAUAUAAUACACGCUACAGUUCAAAGCGCAGAGUGACUGUAAUGAUAUCUGUAGUUUGGGUCCUGUCAUUUGCAAUAUCCUGCCCCCUUCUGUUUGGUCUCAACAAUACAGGUUCCAAAGUCUGCAUCAUUGAUAAUCCAGCAUUUGUCAUCUAUUCCUCCAUCGUUUCCUUCUAUGUUCCUUUUAUUGUCACUCUAUUGGUGUAUGUUCAGAUUUAUAUAGUACUAAGGAAGCGCAGGAAGAGGGUGAACACCAAGCGCAAUAGUCGUGGAGUAGCAGUAGAUGCCCAUAAGGACAAGUGCACUCACCCUGAAGAUGUGAAGCUAUGUUCUGUAUUUGUAAAGUCCAAUGGGAGCUUCCCAGCAGAUAAAAAGAAAGUGGAAGCUGGCAAACACCCAGAGGAUAUGGAAAUGGAGAUGAUGUCAAGCACAUCUCCACCGGAGAAAACAAAACACAAGUCUGCUUCUCCUGACCAUAAUCAACUUGCUGUGCCAGCUACAUCAAACCAGUGCAAAAAUGCCAGCCUAACUUCACCAGUGGAAAGCCCUUACAAAGCUGAAAAGAAUGGACAUCCAAAAGACAGUACAAAGCCUGCCAAAGUUUUUGAGAUUCAGUCAAUGCCUAAUGGGAAAACACGAACCUCAAUAAAAACAAUGAGCAAGAAAAAGCUUUCACAACAUAAGGAAAAGAAAGCUACACAAAUGUUAGCUAUUGUACUGGGUGUUUUUAUUAUUUGCUGGCUUCCUUUCUUCAUAAUUCACAUACUAAAUAUGCAUUGCAAUUGUAACAUUCCACAGGCCUUGUACAGCGCCUUCACUUGGCUUGGUUAUGUGAACAGUGCUGUCAAUCCAAUUAUCUAUACCACAUUUAAUGUGGAGUUCAGAAAGGCCUUCAUUAAAAUACUUCAUUGCUAAAAGACAAGAUAGAAGAAGGAUGCAGUAAUCAAUAACAAGAAGAUACAGGACACAGAAGAGACAAGCACAUCCCGGGUUCCCUUGGACUGGUGGAAAUGGAGCUUUGUGAGCAAUUAUAGCAGCUGAAUGCUGUUAUGUGUAGAGGUCUGUAAAAGGGCACAAGGAUGUAACUAAAACAUAAUACUGCAUUUUGAGCAAUUGUUUUGGAACGGAGGCUAAAAGUUCUUGCCUUCAAGCAACAUUUAGAAGAAUCAAUUUUAACUGAAUUCAGCCAUCAAUAAUGACCUUACUUUUCAAGUACUUAUGUUUUCAGGACACAAAUGUAUGUCACUGCAGUCUCACCAAAGACGUUGCUAUUUUUGCCAUGGUCUUCUUUUUAAUAGCAGAAAAGAUAUGAUUUGCAGGGACCCCACUGUGAAUCAUGCCUAUGAAACUAUUUUUUUUCUGGAAACUCAACACCAUACACAAUUCUGAUUGUGUGCCUUGGGUUUCUAUGGAAGUGGUGUUAAUGUAAGCUUUCUGAGUGUUUUGUCUCUUUCCUGAAGAAUGAAAAACAAAACAAGACAGCAAGACAGCCUUAUGCUUAAAGUGUAAAUAUAGCAAGAAUAAUUUGACAGAAGCCCAAGCAAAAAAAGUAUAUAUAUAUAUAUAUAUAUUAUAUGGAAAUAUAAAAUAACGUAAUGUACUGCAUGGUGUGUGUUACAUUAAAGGACUAGCAUUGUCA